AUGACGGUCACAGCAGACGAGAUGCGCGGCGGUCUGUACGAGAUCCUGGGACUCGAACCCGCAGCGAACGAGCGCCAAGUGGCUCGUGCGUACAAGAAGAAGUCGAUUCUGUACCACCCCGACCGCGGCGGAGACGUGCAGAAAUUCCUCGAGUUGACCCGUGCUCGUGAUAUUUUGCUGGACCCGAAGAAAAAAGAGGCCUAUGACAAGAAGUUGUCGCAUGAACUACUGGCCAAGAAGCAGCAGCGGGCACGGGAGGCAGAGCUCGAUGGCAAGCGCCGACAAAUGCGAGACGAGCUCUUGAGGAAGGAGCAGCACUAUGAGCGCAGCAGAAAAUCCAGCGUGAAGCAACAACAGGCAGAGCUGACGAGACUUCGGGAGAAGGCGCUGGCACGCCAACAAGGCUUGCAAGAUCGUUUGGCACGCGAAGCCACGCGGCGGUCAGAGCAAAAACAUAGUCAGGAAGUUCACGGCGCGCCAAAGUCCCAGCGGACGGUGACGUUUAAGUGGGACAAGAAGCGGCAUUCGCACUCGGACGACACGCUCAGUCGAGAGCUCCGGUUGUAUGGUGAGAUCAAGACCAUCAGGAUGAAAACGUCCUCGGCAAGAGUCGAAUUCUGCGAAGCGGCUUCGGCUGCACAUGCUGUCCGGGUUGAAGCACACAAAAGUUGCUGGCGAGAAGUGUCGAUUCAAGGUCACAUUAUCGAGACAGAUGGGUUCACGUCUGCAGAGGAUCAGCCAGCAACAACUUCGAGGUGCAAUGUGCCAAUGCUGCCUGAAGGACCAAUCUCGCUGCACGAACACCUAGCGUUCGAAAAGUCGGUUCUGGCCAUCUUACGAGAAAAGGCCAAGCUGCAACAAGAGCGAGAGCAACAGCAGACUCGUGUGUGA